AUGGAAAAGGGCGACAAGGCAUUCGUUGUCGGUCUCCAAAACAGACAAGACCUCAACGGAACAACGGUGAACUUGCUCGAGUGGAACCAAGCGACGGGCCGAUGGUCGGCACGAGUCGCGUCGGGUAGGAGAGAAGGGAUCUGUAUCAAACCAAUCAAUCUCAGUGCCGUGCCUCCACUCGACCCGGUAAUGGUGUCGGCGAUCAGUGCGAGCGUCCGUGGCGGCGACAAAAUAAUGUCCCAAUUCACCGAAAUAGGCAUUAUUCCCGGACAAGUGAGCUAUGAGCUUUUCAUGACGUUCACCUCGUUAAUGGUGAAAGCCUAUGGCAAUACAAUGACUGAAGCCAAAGCAACUGAAAUGCUGAUUGAACACAUUGGAAAGUUUGGUGACGCUCGGCUUGUCUGCGGCAAGCUGAAGAAGAUUGCUUCUGAUGCGAACGAUAUGACACGUUUUGGCAUUGUCAUACCCACACUCUCCGCCAUGCUUCGAAUGGACACGGGCAAAGGCUACUUGGAGCUGAUGAUACGUCUCCGAGAAGGCACAAUCGCACACAUCAGAUCCCAGCAGGCACAUCUCCGACGUUUCAAGUCCCAGGUACAAGAAAUUCGAGUUCAAAGCGAUGACCCUUUUCAAGCUGCCAUGAAGCGAAUGUGCGGUAGAGAAGGCAGCAAGUCCAUGUCACCAAAGCACAUUGCAGAAGAGCUGGCGUGGGCGGGGAUGACAGGAGACAUGACCAUUAUCGGCGAAGAAGGUGUAGAAAAGGUGAAGUUUGACAUGAUUCUUCACCGUGCCUAUGUCAAAUGGCUAGUUCAAGAUGUUUUGCCAACGCUGGAUCCUCGCGAUGCCAAAGAUGGAACCCUCGGCAAGUGGCACCAAGUUCUGCAUUGGGAGAGUCAACUAACCGGCUCCGUCUUUGUCACUCACGAUCGAGUAUUCCUGGACAUAUCCGACGACUUUCGCAUCGACCCCUGGAUAGAUGGGCUGGUUAAAUUCGAUUUGAAAACGCUGGAAUCAAUGCCUGGUGUCGACGCAGAUAAAGCUACCCAUGCUGGUCAAAAGCCCAAGCUCGGAAGGGAUGGGACCGGUAAGAGAGUUUUCGGAUGCAAGAAAUUCAACCAUGCCGGUCAGCAAUCCAAUCUCACUUUGCAGUUGACCGGUGAAGUCAUUUAUCGAAUAACCCAUGAACCUUAA